UUUUUGUGUGAGUCAGUGCUUAUCAGGUCUUUUAGGCAAAGACUAAUAUAUUUAAACAUAAAAACAAACGAGAAAACAUUUAAUUUUAAGAACAGAGUUCCGAUUUUCACUAGUGAAGUUUCAAACCAAUAAAACAACGAUCUAGAGUUUAUUUCUAGAAGGGAAAGUAGUUGGUUUUCCUUCCAACAUAUUUUUUAUAUUGAUGAUACCUCGUAAAUUCAUUGAAUUUGAAAUAAAAUCUCUGAAUUUGGGUGUCAAAACCACUCCGGUUCGUCGCUGGCCAUCUCUAUAGUUAUCAAAGCAAUAAAAAUAUUUUCCCAGCAAACGAGUUCCUCAAAAAUUCUGGAACACAAUGACAAUAGCUGCCUCUAUAGUUAUAAGCAAAGCAGGCACCGUGUCUGGCCAGUGCUUGAGUGAUGCUCAUGCCGCGAAGUGAUGUGCUUAAAAAGUCACAAGGUGACUUCAAGGUAGACGGCUGCCAGCAGGCUCUAUAUAAGUAAAACAGGCACCGUGUCUGGCCAGUGCUUGGGUGACGCUCACGCUGCGAAGCUGCCUCUAUAUAAGAAAAGCAGGCAGCCUGCCUGGCCAGUGCUUCCACACCACUGAGAUAGGCCAAAAAGUAUGUUCACACUUAAGUGUUUUAACGAAGUAUGAAGGUAUUUGAGAAUUGAUGAUUGAUAACCAGAGAUCUUACUGGCAUCGUUGGAAUAUCAGAAAAAUCAGUGGAAACAAUUUUGAAAGAUCAUUGAGCCUAAGAAAAGAGAGAGCAGGUUUGGUUCCCAUUUCACUUAAUUAUUUUAAAUAUCCCGCCGCAUUGACGUCUGUGAAAUAAUGCUUUCCCACUACUAGAAUGCAAUGAAACAUAUUAUUACUGACGAUGAGUCUUGGAUCUAUGCUUAAGAUCCGGAAACAGACAAUCAAUUGGAUGAAUAUCGUGGCAAAGGCUAGCCGAACUCGAAAAAACCAGGUCAAAGCUCGUUUAUUGAGGUGUGGUGCACUCUAAACUCCUUCCGACCGGCCAAACUGUCAACAAGAAAUACUAUUUGAGUGUUAUGCGUCGUUUUUGCGAAGUUAUUCGUAAAGAAGAAGCCGUAAUAAUACACCGUCGCAUACUACAUUGAUUCUUCAUGAGUUUUUGGCCAAAUUUUGAAACAAUAUCGUGCCGCAACUACCGUAUUUGCCUGAUUUAGCUCCGUGUGAUUUUGGGCUAUUGAGUAAACUCAAACGACAGCUCCGAGAAAACCGUUUUGAGUCUACUAAAGACAUUAAAAAUGAAUUGCGACGCGCUUUGAAAGAUAUUACGGAAAUUGACUUUAACAACUGUGUCAAGCACGACAUAGAUUUUGACGAAUAAAUUAAUCAUUUUAAAAUUAUGAACCAAAUCUUAGUACUUUUUGCUUUUAGUACUACAUUCGGGGUUGGUAAAAAACGAAUAUUUUGUCCGCUUGGUACUCUAAAAAAUAGGCUUUUAGACACCUCUACGAAAAUCUCUUCAAUGAUAUAUAGUAUAAUAUAGAUGUACAUACUUAUAUAUAUUCUAUAUAAAACUGAAUAAAUGAAUAUCUAUAUAUGUAUAUUUGUUUUUGUAAAAUAUUGAAUAUAAUAUUAAUCGAUGGCAUUGAACUUUAAAUUAAUUGAAAUUAAAGAGAAAUUAUUAUAAUUAAUUUUUUUAAUUAUGUCCAAAAUAAAUUAUUAUUUUUGUACAUAUCAUUAUAUAUAUAAUAUAUGUAUGUAGACAUAUGUACUGUUAUUUACAUGAUUAGUACACGUAUAAACUAUUAUUGUCGCCACGUUGCCGUAGUUCCCCAAGCAUAUAUUGAUAAUCUUCUAAAAAUUAAUAUAUUCGAUUAAAUCAAAACAAAUCUAUAAAUAUAUAUAUACGAGAAUUUGUAUGCAUAAUUUCAAUAUUUUACAUACAAACACAUGUAUACUCGGCUCUGUGUUUACAUACACUCAUGCAUGACUUCAGCGCGAAGAGUUUUUCCGAUAUCGCUCGAUUCGGUCAGAAGCUAAGCAAUUGCAGCGAACGUGAAUGAAACAUGCAAGUGAUUAAAUUUUAAAUUUCUUUUCAUGUUUUUGCUCAUUUUUCUCUUUAACCAUAUUAUAAUCACUCGCAAUUAUUGCUACAUACAUAUGGGUAUGUGAACGAAAUUUUGAAAAUCGAGCAGAAGCUGUUGAUCAGUUGCUUUUCGACACUCUGCGCACAUGGAUCGCUUUGUAACGUCGUGAUUGUUGUCAAAAUUUGCUGCAUUCGUUUCAAUUUCUUUUUUCUGUGAAAAUUUAACAUUUUGCAAAUAAUUAAUUAAUUAAAUAAGAAAAAACAAUAUUAUAUUGGCAUGAAUAGCAUGUCUGUGUGUUUGUGCGCGUGCGUGUAGACAAAAUUUGUUGCAAUGAUUUACGAGAGUUCUUAUGACAGCGGUCGUCUGCCGUACAAACCGGAUUUGGCACGUGGCUAUUGGAGCAAAUCCAGCGACUUUAUAUUUACCGGCAUCAGCUUGGCUUUUCGCUUAGACGUCUUCUCCAUGGCUUGGAUUGUAUUCACAUAUGCUGGUUGCGUUUCCGUAAUACUGUAUAUCGGAGCUUUAUUCCUAUUUGUUGUUCCACUUUUCGUAAUGCAAUCGUUUCUGGGCCAAUUUUCGAGCAGUGGCUUCAUAUCGGCAUUUCGCAUAGCGCCACUCUUUAAGGGAAUUGGCUACAUUAGUCUGGCUGUGAAUUUGGGUGUGCUCACUUAUUAUAGCGUUUUUGCUGCCGUACCAUUACUAUAUUUAAUACACUCACUGCGACCAACGUUACCCUGGAGCUGUGAGGGCAUCAAGCAUUGGUCAUACAAUUUUACGGAAAACGAAGUGCGACAUCUUUGCCAUAUUCUAUCAAAUGACACACUGCCACCAAAGAAAACUUAUUUUUGGAGUGUAGUGCACCAAAUACCAUCGAACUUAUUUUUAAAUUCUCGUUUUAAUCACAUGAAACUAUUUGAACCGCAAAGCGAGGGUUUCUAUAUCUCUUGGGAGGUGCUGCUUUGCACUUUGCUCACAUGGUCACUCAUAGCGGCCAUAUUCUACAAAUGCAACAGCCUUGAAAAGCUGAGCACCGUGCUGCGCUACAGCAUAUUUACUGCCAUCAUCCUGCUAUUAAUUGCUGUGAUACGCUUCGCCUUGGUACCGCAAAAUCCUUGGCUUUCGCUAUUUGAUUUCUUUUUACCGAGUUGGGAUAGGCAACUGGAAAGCUUUGCCUCUGUGGGGAUAUUCGUGAUAUCAGCCUUUGGCGCCGGUUGGGGUACCAUCAUAUCCCUGGCCAGUUUCAAUAAAUUCAAAACGAAAAUUACACAAAAUAGUUGGAUUGUUUGUUUUGGGCAAAUGUUAGUAUUUUUCUGCUUCGGGUAUAUUGUCUAUGUGACUGACAUUUUUUAUGAUGAAAUCAGAGAAGCAUAUAACAGUAAAGAGCCAGAUGCAUGGGUGUACAUAAGCAAGUUUUGGGUAUUAUUUCUCUCCACCGGCAGCGUGAUGGCGGAAAUGUCGUGGUCGAAUCUAUGGUGUAUUUUAUAUUACGCAAUGCUGUUCUUAACGGCGCUAAUCACAAUUAGCAUUAGCUUGCUUUCAACACUGCAGAGCAUUUUUGACGAAUUCGAAGGAUAUCGCACGCGUAAAACGGAAGUGUCGCUCAUAGUUAUUGGCCUUUUGGGCAUAUGCUCAUUAUACACGUGCUCCAAUAAAGGUGUCUUCUUACAUGUGAUCUUCUCGAAUGACACGGUCGUCACGCAAACCGCGCUCAAUCUCUUACUAUUUUUCGUUGUAUUGUGGGUUUACGGGCGUGUGCGUUUUCAGCGCGAUCUCGAGUUUAUGUUAAGUCAAAGCUUCAGCACAUGCAAGAUCUAUGUGUUGCGAUUUGUGUCGCCACUGUGCCUGAUAGCGCUUUUGCUCGCAGCGAUUUUCAUUUCCGUUCUUUACCACUAUUUGGGCACAACGGUUGUACAAAUAGCUGCGCUGCUAUUUAUUGUGCUGCCCUGGCUGUAUGUACCCGGUUACAUGACAUAUAUUAUGCUACAAACGACUGGCACUUUUAAGACGCGCUUCAAACGCUGCUGCCGCCCCAUGGACUGGUAUCCCGUGGAGUUAGAGGACCGACAACGUUACGAGCAAACAAUGCGCAAUACGGAUAUGACGCAUCAAUUGCAUGAACUGGAGGAAGAAACCAUGACAUAGCUAAGAAUUUGUUUGAGUUUAGCUACAAAUGUGAUUUUUUAUAGAAAAUUUGUUAUAUUUUGCACUGAAUAUGAUUUAUUUAAAUAUGAAAAAAUAUAUAUGUUUUUAAACAUGACCAAAAUAGUAAA